UCGAGAGUAUACUCCAAGCGCUCCGUCUGUGUUACGUGACUGACAAGUCCUGCGCGCAGCUUUAUGUUUGCCACGGGGACAUCGUUAAAGACAUGGACGAUCUGGACACGGCUGCUCAGAGUUACACCAUGGCUGUUCAACUUGACCCUGGAAUUGGCCACGCCCAUCUAAAUCUUGGUGUCAUCCAUCAUCUAAAGGGUCGUUUCCUUCAAGCGCUCAAGCACUAUCGAACGGCUCAGAAUUUGGACCCUCAAAACCCAGUGGUUCUAGAAAACCUGGACAAGCUGAAGAAGAAGCUAUGGGAAAAGUCAGAGCGGGAGUGUGCUGAAGAGAGCGAGUUUUGUCGAACUUGGUAAAAAACUUUUUCACGUGAGGGGGCGCUGCUUUCUUUCAAAAAGUAAAAAAUAAAACAGAACUGGAAGACACCGCUUAAAGAAACUGUAAUGGCGUCUCGUAGAAUUUUUUUUUCUAUAAAUAUGUAAGUGGCUGUUUCUAUAAGAGACUUAUUCACUACAGUCAGGGUAAAGAUACUGUUAUAUUGUGGUUCCUUUCACUUUAAUUAUGUACAUGUGUGUCUGUUUGUUUUCGACAUUGAGGGACUUAGUUCCUAUAAUGAUGGACGUGCUAUCUAUGCAAACAUCACGAGUCGCAUGACGUCAUGUCCAGCUGUAGUAU